ACCACACCUCAGUACCCUCUUCAACCAUGCCUACCUCCUUCGAAUACGAGUUCAAGACCCCCCUUUACAAGGGCAAGGUUUCCUUCCCCACUGGUGUCUACAUCAACGGCCAGUUCAGGGACGGCUCCGACGGCACGACCAUCGACGUCUUCAAUCCCAGUACCGGCCAGGUCCUUACCAAGAUCUCCGAGGCCACCGCCAAGGAUGUCGACCUCGCCGUUGAGGCUGCCACGAAGGCGUUCGAGUCUUCGUGGGGCCUGAAAGCCCCAGGAGCCCAGCGUUCCAUCCUCAUGCACAAGCUCGCCAACCUCAUGGAGCAAAAUCUUGAGGAGCUUGCUGCCCUCGAAGCUAUUGACAACGGCAAGACCUUCAACUGGGCAAAGAACGCCGAUGUCGCUGGUGCCAUCGACUGUAUCCGGUACUACGCUGGCUGGGCAGAUAAGAUCACCGGUCAGGUCAUCGAGACAACUGAGGCCAAGCUCACCUACUCCCGACACGAGCCAAUCGGUGUUGUCGGGCAAAUCAUCCCAUGGAACUUCCCUCUGCUAAUGUUGUCCUGGAAGAUCGGCCCGGCCCUUGCCACCGGUAACGCUAUCGUCAUGAAGCCGUCCGAGUUGACGCCCUUGACUGCCCUCCGGAUGUGUUCCCUCUUCACGGAGGCUGGAUUCCCCCCUGGUGUCUUCAACCUCGUCACCGGCUACGGUCACACCGUCGGCAAUGCCAUUACGGUUCAUGAAGGCAUUGAGAAGGUCGCAUUCACCGGCUCGACCCUCGUCGGUCGUAAAGUCAUGGAGGCUGCGGCUAAGUCUAACCUCAAGAACGUCACCCUUGAGCUCGGCGGCAAGAGCCCAAACAUCAUCUUCGACGAUGCUGACAUCGAGAAGGCCGUCAACUGGGCAGCCUUCGGUGUUUUCUGGAACCACGGCCAGACUUGCUGUGCCGGCACCCGUGUUUUCGUACAGGAGGGUAUUUACGAUAAAUUCCUUGCAGCGUUCACCGAGAAGAUCAAGAGCAUCAACGUCGGUGACCCCUUCGGCGAGAGCACUUGGCACGGUCCUCAGGUUUCUCAGGGCCAGUACGAACGUAUCAUGGGCUACAUCAAGUCUGGCAAGGAGGAAGGUGCCAAAGUUCAUGUCGGUGGCGAGCGCCACGGCACGGAGGGCUACUUCGUCCAGCCCACUAUCUUCACCGAGACGAAGCCCAACAUGAAGAUUGUCCAGGAAGAGAUCUUCGGUCCCGUCGGUGUUCUCAUCAAGUUCAAGGACGAGGAGGAUGUCAUCCGCCAGGCGAACGACACUGUCUACGGCCUUGCCGCCGCCGUCUUCACAGAGAACCUCAACCGCGCGAUCGAGACCGCACACAAGCUCAAGGCCGGCACGGCCUGGAUCAACUGCGUCAACCAGCUGCACAACAACGUGCCGUUUGGUGGGUUCAAGCAGAGCGGCAUUGGCCGUGAACUUGGCGAGUACGCGAUUCACAAUUACACCAACGUCAAGGCCGUUCAUGUCAACCUCAGGGUUCCCAUGAACAUUUAAGGCGAUGGCUCUCGCGGGGUUGGUAUAUAAAAAGCAGUGGAAGGAAGGCGCAAAAAUGUAAUAUUUGAUAUCAUUGUAUCUCUAAGCAUAGAAUCGCACUACCCGGUUUUGUUCAUGUAGUUAUUCACAUAUCCAUGUCGACAUGUUUCACCG